AUGGCUAUUCGGGAUAUAAUAUCCAGACCUAAGUUAGUCCAUACUCAAUUACUUCUUAUCGGUCGACCUAAAUCGAAGUUACUACGCGACAUUCUAGAUUUGAUAAGAGAGAAAGCUCAAUAUCCUUAUAAAGAAGAUAUAGAGAAAGCUCUCAAAUCUUUACUACGAGAUCUUAAUAAGACAUACAAGCGAUUGUUUGAAAGCAUACCAAUAGAGUUAAAAAAUAACGCGAUACGACUUUUACAAUUCCUUAUACACUCCAAGCGAUCUCUAACCCUGGCCAAAGUUAAAGAAGUAAUAGCAACGAAGAUUAAAAACCACUCGCGAGGGUUUUAUAUAAAAUGUCGAUUAUUUUACGAGACUAACAUCUUGGCUUACUAUCCUAGUUUAAUGAUAGUUGUCCAUACUAAAGGAUUGUUUUAUACCAAUUAA